CUAGCCUGGAACCAAAAUGCUAAUCCUGUAAUGAUGAUCAAUAUAAAAAAAACAAGGCAUGCUGUUUGUUUACUUCCCCACUUGUAAGUCCAUGACUCUAUCUCUAUGCCCUCCACUGAGAACAGCAUAAAUCCAGGCCUUUCAUUGUUUCACUUAAAGUGCUGCUUUCCAAUCCGUUCUUCAUCUUCACACCUGAAGUUCAUGGAUUCACUGACAUGGAAAGCCAUGGUAAUGGCUGUGCUUUUGCUGCUCCUGUGUUCUUUUAUGGAGGGUGAGUCCUCAUUGUGUGAGUCUGAGAAGAUUAUUCAGCUUCCUGGACAACCACAAGUGUGGUUUCAACAGUUUUCAGGCUAUGUCACUGUGGAUGACCACAAACAAAGAGCUCUAUUUUACUACUUUGUUGAGGCAGAAAUUGAACCAGCGACAAAGCCCUUGGUCCUCUGGUUGAAUGGAGGUCCUGGCUGUUCCUCUCUGGGUGUUGGGGCAUUCUCUGAAAAUGGACCUUUCAGACCAAAUGGACAGGUCUUGGUCAGAAAUGAAUAUAGCUGGAACAAAGAGGCAAAUAUGUUGUAUUUAGAGACACCAAUGGGAGUUGGGUUCUCCUACUCAACUGAUACCUCCUCAUAUGAGACAGUUACUGAUGAGAUUACAGCCAGGGACAAUCUUGUGUUCUUGCAACGAUGGUUCCUUAAAUUCCCUCAAUAUAUGCAGAGGGAUCUGUUUAUAACAGGAGAAAGUUAUGCAGGUCACUAUGUUCCUCAGUUGGCUGAGCUCAUGAUUCAAUUCAACAAAAAGGAGAAGCUGUUCAAUUUGAGAGGAAUUGCUUUGGGUAAUCCAGUACUAGAAUUUGCUGCUGACUUCAAUUCAAGGGCUGAGUUCUUCUGGUCUCAUGGAUUAAUAUCUGAUUCAACAUAUACAAUAUUCACUUCUUCUUGCAACUAUUCUCGGUAUGUGAGCGAGUACUAUAGAGACUCGGUUUCACCUGUUUGUUCAAGGGUCAUGAGCCAAGUGAGUAGAGAAACAAGUAGAUUUGUGGACAAGUAUGAUGUUACCCUUGAUGUUUGUAUCUCAUCAGUGCUCUCCCAAUCCAUGGUUUUUACUCCCCAUCAACCUACUGAGAAAAUAGAUGUAUGCGUGGAAGACGAAACAGUGAGUUAUUUAAACCGACAAGAUGUGCAGCAGGCUCUCCAUGCCCGUCUAGUUGGAGUCCGCAGAUGGGAUGUUUGCAGCAACAUUCUGGAUUAUGAGCUGCUUAACAUAGAGAUACCUACUAUCUCUAUACUGGGAUCACUUAUCAAAGAAGGAAUCGCAGUCUUGGUUUAUAGUGGGGAUCAGGAUUCUGUUAUUCCGUUGAUUGGCAGCCGCACCCUGGUCCAUGACCUGGCAAGAAAACUGGGACUGAAUACAACUGUUCCAUAUAGAGUUUGGUUUGGGGGGCAGCAGGUUGGUGGAUGGACUCAAGUUUAUGGCAAUAUGCUCUCAUUCGCCACGAUUAGAGGUGCUUCUCAUGAAGCUCCUUUUUCACAGCCCGAGAGAUCCCUCGUGCUAUUCAAAUCAUUUAUACAGGGGAGGCCUCUACCAGAAAUGUUCUGAUUGUACAAAUCAGUGUCAUAGUACAUAGGGUGAGAUUGUGAGUAGUGUUUGAUGUGUCAAAGCAUUCCCGUGUCCUUAACAGAAAAGGGAAAAGAAACAAAGUGAAAGUGUUGAAUAUUCAAGUUUUUAUUUUUUCUUUCAGGAAUGGAAAAUGCAUCAUCUAUAUAUGUUUGAAUGAUAACAAAAUACCUCUUUUGCAUGUGGUAAUAAAGUUGUG